AUGGAUGCGGCCUGGUUGUUCUUAUGGCUAAGCUAUAUAUGGGAGGCGAUCCCUAAUUUAGUAUACCGCGCCUCUAAGUCGGUCCGAAGCACGAUCAUACCGGCGAUCCGCGUCCCGUGCCCGGCUUGUAGAUCCCACGGGCUAUCACCGAGCUCGUCUUCGUCCUCGUCGUCUCCCUUCUUCCCUGGAUCCCACCGCCCGAACGCCUCGUGUAAGAAUCGGUUGGCGAUAGCGAUGGCAAUAUGCCGCCACAUACUCACGUUCAGCUUGUUACCGAGUAGCCGGCUGCUGUGCCGUUGUAUAAUUCGCCUGGCCCGGUCCGUCGUCCACGUCCGAUCCUCUAUCCAAGCCCACGCCGCCCUACCCUCGUCCCCGUCCUCGGCAGUAUCGCCCGCGUUAUCGACAUCUAUGCUGGUUACCGUCGCCGCUCCUCCGCCGCUCCUCUUCUAUGUGACCUCGUCGGCCCAUAAGAAAGCGCUAUAGUGGUGGGCCUGCUUCGUGAUGCCUUCUGCUUCCUGCCAGAACGGAAGUACGAGCUAUAAGUACCACACAAGUAGCUCGCCGGCCUCUCUCGGUAAAUACCGGUGGAUAAUCUUAGUCUGCCCGCUGCUCCGGUACCCUUUAUGGUACGCCGUUACGAAAUAUAUUAUACCGUCGUGUA